GGGGUCGGUGUCUUCAGGAUGAGAUUUGGGGGUUUCCCAGGAUUAGAUGGGGCUUUGGGGAGCUUCAUAGCGAUAUCUGAGAUCUUGUUAUGAGAGCAGGAGUUUUUGUUGUUAGAACUGGGUCCCGGGAUGAUAUUUGGGAGUCACUGGUGGGAUCUCUGAAGACCUAGGGCUACGAGCUUGGGCUGCUGGGGCCAACAUUUGGGGGUCUCGGAAGUGGCAUGGAUGUUGAGGUCCAAAGAGCCUGAGAUCUUGAAAGCCUACAUUUGGAGAGAUGGGGUCGAGGUUUGUUGCAGGACUGCUCUGGAUCUUCCCCACCCCCAUUCCUGGGCUGCUAUCCCUGCAUCUCAGCUGGAUUGGCCUUGACCCUGGCCUUGAGCAGGUUCACAGGGUCUGAAGGCCACGGGCCAAAGACCAUGGUUGACUGCAGGUAACUGAAACCACAGAAGGGAAACCGCGGAUAAGAGAGGACUACUGUACAAGCCAGUGCAUGAUUCACCACAUUUUCCCUUCACCACAAUGACCAGUGUGACUGAGAAGCAAACCUUGAGUGUUGGUUGCCAUGGAAGCUUUGGGGCAGCUUGUUACUGAGUAUAUGUCAGCUCUUCCUGACCGAUGUAUGUCAUCUCCGUUCAUUCUCAUGGCAGUCCUUAGAGGCACCUGCUGUUCCCAUGAAGCAAUGGAGCUCAGAGAAGUUCAGCAAGUGACUUCAUGUGGAGUUGUUGGAAUUUGAACACCAACAAAGCUUGAACUAUUAUUAUAACUGCAGAUCCUUUCCUGCUGUCUUGAAGAAAACUCUUAAGUCCUCAGCUGGGUUUGGAUGUGCCAAAUUUCCUUACUCCGUGGCCUCAGGGCUCCAGGCUUCCCUCCAGGAGGCUCCCCACCAGGAUGGCAUCAGCUGGAGACCCCCCGACAGGCCCACGGGAUGCAGCAGACCAGAAUUUUGACUACAUGUUCAAGCUUCUGCUCAUUGGCAAUAGCAGUGUGGGCAAGACAUCCUUUCUGUUCCGCUACGCAGACGACUCCUUCACACCUGCCUUCGUCAGCACUGUGGGCAUCGACUUCAAGGUCAAGACUGUCUACCGCCAUGACAAGAGGAUCAAACUGCAGAUCUGGGACACAGCGGGCCAGGAGCGCUACCGCACAAUCACCACAGCCUACUAUCGAGGAGCCAUGGGCUUCCUGCUUAUGUAUGACGUUGCCAACCAGGAGUCCUUCACCGCCGUUCAGGACUGGGCCACACAGAUCAAGACGUAUUCCUGGGACAAUGCUCAGGUCAUCCUCGUGGGGAACAAAUGUGACCUAGAGGAUGAGCGUGUUGUGCCUUCCGAGGAUGGCCGAAGGCUCGCCGAUGACCUUGGUUUCGAGUUCUUUGAGGCGAGCGCCAAGGAGAACAUCAAUGUGAAGCAGGUCUUCGAGCGCCUGGUGGACGUCAUCUGCGAGAAGAUGAAUGAGUCCCUGGAACCCAGCUCCAGCCCAGGCAGCAAUGGGAAAGGCCCAGCCUUGGGGGAUGCCCCACCUCCCCAGCCCAGUGGCUGCAGCUGCUAGAGAUAAUCCCCAACCCAUGGCCACCCGCUCCUGCCUUGUCAGAGACUGUGACUGAGGCAUAAGCCACAAGGGCUGUUUCCAAGCUCAGGGUGCUCCCUUCCCUUCCAUCAGCGUCAGCAGCUGCCCCCCACUUCCGUGCGACUUGUUCUCUUGCCAUGGCCACCAGCCUGCCCAAGCAGCCCCUGUCACAGGCUCCAGACCCUGGGGACUCUGCAUUAGAGGCAGGGUCUGGGAAUGUUGACAUGCAUGAGCUUGCUGCUUUUCAGGCGUUUUAAUGGGGGGAGCAUGGAUAGCCUAUCCCACCCUGGCUGGUGAAGGGGCUUCCACAGUGCCUUCUGGGUUAGAGCCAUUGCCCACAUCCAUUCUGUAUUGGGCAUUGUCUGGAGUUCACGCGCUGGCCGAAGAUGGUUUGUCUUCUUCCCCCUGCCAUGUGGGUUCUCAGAGUUCAUCCCUAGAGAUAUGGAAAGCAGCUCUUUGCUCAGGGUCCCCAAGCCUGCCCAUGAACCUCCUUAGACCUGAAGGCUCCAAGGCAAAGGAGGUGACUGACCCUGGCAGACCCCUCCCUUCUGGCUUGCAGAUCCUCUGCCUGUGAAAGUAUUAAAGCAGCUUUUCCAGUUGUCAAAGGAUAGGGAGUCAGAGCCUGUCCCCUGGCUUCAGGGACCCCAGAAGUGCCUUUUGAGUUUUGCCUGAAUUUACCCAUGACCCUGACACUGUUUUGGCUUAUCAUGGUGCACCUGACCCGGGAUUGAAUUCUGGAACUAUGUACCGUGUCAGGCCAGGUAGAGAAUCACCCAGCCCCUGGCUUUCGUGCUCAGGACUUUGUGCCAGGAGUUAACCUGAGAGCCAGGAGCCUGGGCCCUCUUGUCCAGACCUGCCUCCCCAGUGCCCAUUUGACUGAUGAUGUUUUAAGCAAGGUCUUUCCACAUCUUACAUCCUGCUAGAAAAGGAAAUUGAGCAAUGUUCCCAUAGGCUGUGCUCGCUGUUGACUGUCUGGUAUAAGCACUUGGGCUCCUCCCACUUGAGGACCAGUGAAGAUGCAGUGUUCAUUUCCUGAGCCAUGUCAUUGGUGAGGCCCAGUGAUAGGACGUUUUCUGCUAGUGGAGAAGUCACUCUAAGGCAGCGGUUCUCAACCUGAGGGUCGUGACCCCUUUGGGGGUCGAACGACCCUUUCACAGGGGUCGCCAGG